UGGAGUUACUGCUGCAAUCCACGCUGGUUCCAGAGAGCUGCAGGAGUCGGUCAGUUCAUCGCAACCAGUCUCACAUCGCAUCGAAUCCUUUGCCUUGUACUUAUGUUUUAUUUUUGAGGCAGGGUCUGGAUUAAACGGCUUGGGCAGAGACUGCUUUGCACCCAUUUAGCUGAUGCACAUUUUGCAAGAAAAAUGAUCGCCCUGGUAUUUUUCGUACUUUUACUCGCGAGGCAAGCUUCCUCAUCCCCUGUACCCAUCGAGCAAUCGAAAGCCGACGCCAAGGUAAUGAAUUGUGUUGUCGAGGUCAUCUCCGACACGCUUUCCAAACCGAGCCCUUUGCCAAUCAGCCAGGAGUGCAUGGAGACUCUCAAGGGAGAUGAGAGAAUAAUCAGCAUGCUUCGACAUCAAAAUCUUCUGCGAGAAUUGCAGGAACUUGCUGCUGAAGGGGCCAAUGAGAUGGCACUACAGAAGAAGGAGAACAAUGAUUAUAAAGAGAAGCAACUUUCAGCACUCAAGAAUGAUGAUGACAAAAAGAUAGGUCCGUGUCGAGAUUACUCUCAAGAGGUUCCAGCACGAGAACAGCAAAGAUCCUCGACUGAAAAAGUGGUAAUUAAGGAUGAUGAGGAGGAGACCAUAAAGGAGAGACAACCAGCUGUAAGAAGGCACAGCUUUAUGAAUACUAAGGAUACAACUACUGACGCGAACAGCAUUGCAACUGAUAGAGAUAGAAGAACAGCAAGGAAACUCCCAAUAGGAAAUAAGUCAAUGAAAAGUGAAUCCUCUGAAAAUGAAUCUGCUGUGGACCAGUCCCAUGAAUGGAGGCAAAGUGAGAAGCAUAGUACAGAGGCACAUGAUGAGGAGGACACUGAAGAAGUGGGUGAAGAUCAAAUCAAAGAGAGUGAUGAAGAGGACGAGGAAGAAAACCACAACCAUUAUGAAGACAGUAAGGAUGAGGAGCUAACUUACAGUGAAGAGCCUUCAAAAGAAGUCUGGGGAGAUGAAGCAACCAACAGUGACAGCUCGGAGGUGGGGGAAAAUGGGAAAGUCUCAGAUGAAGAAAUAAGGUCUAAUGAGGAUGACAAGAGCCACCAGAAUUCAGAAAAAGUAGAGGAAGAAUAUUCAAGCAAGAAUGAUGAAAAGGAUGAGUUGUCUGAAGAGUGGGAGGAGAAUAAACAAAAGAUGGAUGAAUUUGCCCCAGAGCAGAAGUUGAGAAAACAUGAAGAAAUGAGUGAUGAAGAUAAAUCAAUCAGAUUUGAAAAUCCCAAACCACACAGCAGACGUGGUCAUUUCCAACACUUGCAGGGAAACAGAAGAUCUCAUUCUGAGGAAGAUAGGCAGAAAGAGAAGAUGUUCAUUGCAUCAUCCACAUUGCGAAAAAGGCUUGAUGUUGAGGAUAAGAAAGAAGAGGAAGGAAGUGCCACCAGGAAAAGUGAGGAGCAAGAAGUGGAGAGCCUUGAAGAGAUUGAAAGUGAACUGGAAGCAAUGGCAAGAAGGUUACACCAAAUGCGUAGUCGUUAAAUGCAGUGCUACAAAGCCUAAUAAUGAAGCAAUUAUCAGCACCUUCAAAGUACACUUUGUUUGACAAGUAAUAUUUUAUCAAGUGCAUCAAAAUCAUGAGUGCUCAAAUCGUUUUCUUUUUUUCCUUUGAGGUGCUGCCAUACUUAUGCUUACUAAAAUCAUUUUGCACCACUUUAUUUAGGGCAACUCUCAUUGCAUUCUUUUCUUUCUACAGUAGCUGAAUGAGUUUGCAAUAUUUUACUUUAUGGAUUAAAAUGCAAUGGCUUUUUAGAAUACCCUAUGAAAAGACAUGAAAUUCAUUAAAAUAGUGUUGUACUUGGUCACUGUCUGUGCCAAGUCAAACUAAUUGUACUGUAUAUUCUAUAUACAAUUUAUGUAAUUAAAAUAAAAUUACUUAGCCCAUG